AUGGAUACACACGUCCACGACUUGGGCGCGAGUCCAUACUCCAGCGUGGACCUCAGCACAUCCACCCACAGCUCCCCUCCCCACGCGUCCACGCGGCGCCGGUUCUCCCGACCCGACCGGCCGGCCCUCACGAGAACCGCUCAUCUGGACCACCACGCCGCCUCCGGCCGCAGCCUGGCCGCUGAUCGAGUGGCCGUGGCCCCGGGCCGAGACGGCUAUCACGCGGGCCGACCCGUAAGCCUCCUUCACGAGCCGGGCCACGUCGCCGGCGGAGGCAGGGCGGAGAACCGCCAUCGGCGGGGCCGCCCGCGCGCCGCCGAAGUCGCGGGAGGCGGCGGCCGCGUCGGCCGGGUCCAGGCUGAGCCGGCCGUCCACCUCGAGGUGGAGGAGCUCGGCGGAGCCGAGGGUCAGCCCGACGGCGGCGAUCAGGCGGCAGAUGGCGAACGUCAGGAGAAGUAUUUUGGUGGCCAUGAUGACGGCUGGCUAAUUUUUGCUGUUUGA